AUGACUAGCACACCAGCAGUGGUGAUCGAUGUGGGCUCCGGUCUCUGUAAAGCCGGUUUCGCAGGUGAAGACGGCCCCAUCAGCGUCUUCCCUUCCAUUAUUGGAAGACCAAAAAAUCCUCAGAUGAUGGUUGGAGUGAGAAAGCCGGAAUACUUUGUUGGUCAUGCGGCCCAACAAAUGCGAGGUGUUCUGACACUUCAGUAUCCUGUCGAAAAUGGUGUGAUUAAAAACUGGGACGACAUUGAGAGAAUCUGGUAUCAUACAUUUUACAAUGAGCUCCGAGUACAUCCCGAAGACCAGGCCUGCUUGUUAACGGAAGCUCCGCGUAAUCCAAAGAGCAAUCGUGAGAGGAUGUGUGAAAUGAUGUUCGAAAGGUUCAAUAUCCCUGGACUUUACAUAGCCAUUCAAGCAGUCAUGUCGCUGUAUUCUUCAGGAAAAACGACCGGAGCUGUUUUGGAUAUUGGUGAUGGAGCCACUCACAUAGUUCCCAUUUUUGAAGGUCAUGGACUAAACCACCUAAUCCUUCGUCUGAAUUUCGCCGGUCGUGAUAUUACAGAUUACUUGAAUAAACUUCUCCUCAAGCGGGGAUACAGUAUGGUGUCUUCAGCCGAGCUGGAAGUUGUUCGCGACAUCAAGGAACACCUGUGUUAUGUGGCUGUGGAUCCGGAGGAAGAGUUCAAACGAGCUCAGGUCGAUCCAAGUAUGGAAAAACACUAUGAAAUGCCCGACGGACAGUUGAUUCAUGUGUCAACUGAGAGGUUCCAGAGUCCUGAAAUACUCUUCAGCCCACAGUUGAUUGGUCGAGAAAUUUACGGUAUUCAUGAAGCUCUCCACCACGUUAUUGAAGGCUGUGAGAUUGAUUUACGGCGGACGAUGUACAAAAACGUUGUUCUCUCUGGCGGUAGCACAAUGUUUGAAGGACUAAUUGAGCGUCUUCAAAAUGAGGUAAAUCAUCUGGCCGCCAAGAAUGUCAAAGUCAAGGUGAAUGGUUUAGAGAAGAGAAAUUAUGCAGCCUGGAUUGGUGCCUCUAUCCUCGGAUCGCUGAAUGCUUUCAGAGAGAUGAUUAUCACGAAGGGGGAGUACGAAGAAAUGGGACCAAGGAUUGUCCACAGGAAAUGCUUUUAA